UCACUGUCCUUGAUUGAGGUGGUGUGGACAGGGAACAUCGCCGACAAAGUUGGACAGGAAUUAUUCGCCAUUUUUGAUCAUUCCAGGUAAAGGCCCAGCACCCUCUCAGACAUGGAACCAGAGGAGAUGGAUGAGCGGGCUAGACGUAGGGAGGAGAGAAGAAAGAAGAGGGAGGCAGAACGAUUGGCUCUAGAGAACGGCGAUGCAGAGGAAGUUGACCGGCAGCUGGAAGAACUACGCAGGAGACGGGAGGAGCGGAGGCGAAAGAGGGAAUUACUAGCAGCUGCCGAAGCAGAGACAAUUGAGACGAACGGCCCCACCGAGGAAACGGAUGCGGAGAGGAGGAGACGGGAGAGGCGGGAGAGAAGACAGCGGGAGGCGGGAUUGGUCAACGACGAGACGGACAGUAUGCCAGCUCAGAGGCAGCCAGAAGAAAAUAACAACGAAGACGAAAUGAGACGUAAGGCAGAGGAAGAAGCCGCAGCCAGGGCGCAGGAGGAGGAAGAACGCAGGAGACGAGAAGAGGAGGAACAUGAGCGACAGCGCCAAGAGGAGGAGGAGCGUCGGCGACAGGAAGAAGAGCGACGCCGCCAAGAGGAAGAGGAGGAGCGUCGCCGACAGGAAGAGGCGGAGGAGGAGGAAAGGAGGCGUCAGGAGGAAGAAGAGCAGAGGCGUCAGGACGAGGAAGCAGAGAGACGGAGGAAGGCAGAGGAGAAGAAGCGCAAACAGGAUGAGGAAAGAAAGAGGCAGGAGGCUGAAGCUGAACGCAAGAAGCAAGCGGAGGCAGAGCGCAAAAAGAAAGAAGCUGCCUCUAAAACUGCCGAGCCAGCGGCAGACAGUGGAGAAGCCCCGGCACCAGAGAAGAAAUCCCUAGGAUCCAAGAUGAAGUCUGGUCGGAGGAUGAACAUCAAGUCCAUGAUGAUGAAGAAGGCUGGUGAGGACCUCAAGAAAGAGGCAGAUGAGACAGCGGCUGAGAAGGCCCAGUUCAUCACCGACAACGUCAAGAUGGUCAGCGUGGAGGGCAUGAGCCAGCGGGACCUGCGCUCCCUGUGCGAGCGGCUGCACGACCAGCUCAUGCAGGCUGAGAGCGACAAGUACGACCUGGAGGUAGAGAUCCGCGAUCGCGACGUUGACAUUGCAGAGUUGAACAGAAGGGCAAUGGAAAUCAAGGGUAAAUUCGUCAAGCCCACAUUGAAGAAGGUCGAAAAGGUUUCUAAAACUGACCAGCAUCAGCAUCAAGAUUUCCGCGAGAGCCUGAAGAAGCACGAAGUCACCAACUAGGAGCCGCAUUAGCACCAUGUGCUGUUCUCACAGGAGUGUGCUUGGUUUUCAAUAACCUUAAUCCCCGGCCUGUUUCACCAGUAGAGUUGCUCCUGUAGCCAAGAAAGUAGAGAGUAAUUUGGGUUCGAGUUCAGAAGAAAACGGCUCGCCUUUGGUCAAGUUCCUUUGAUGUCAGACCAUUCUGGUGUUCAGUGAUGUUUCUGUCGAUCUUUGUUCCAUGCAUACUCCACCGACGCUGUCUGUUUUUACGUACAAGCAUUAUCUCAAAUUCUUCAAUUGACUGAGCUUAAACUGUUGCAAGGAAAGUUCUUUUUUAACAGGAAAAUGCUGGCAGAUACACUACAUUUUUGAGUUGAUUGACUCCUUCAGGAGUGCAAUUCAGAGGUGCUUGUUUCUCAGGUCAUGGGGAUUGAUCUCGGGAUUUUUGCCUUGAGUGUUUUUUAGCCAUAGGUUUUUUUUUUGCCUUUUUUUGGAGGGCAGUGGGAUUUGCUAUGGCAUUAUGUCAUGA